CUGGCCGCCGAUCCGCCCGCCGGGCCGGGGCUGCCCCGCGGCUUCGGCCGCGUCAAGCUGGAGAGCGCUGCGGGGCCGGGGCCCGCGGCGGGCGGCGGCUGGGGCGGUCCGUGCCGCUUCGGGACCGAGCUGGUCCCGCCGGGCCCCGCGCCCCCUUGGCCCACCUUCUUCGCCGAGGAGGGGCAGCUGUACGGGCCGUGCCCCGAGCCGCCCGCCGGGCCCGCCGACUGCCCCGCCGACGCCUGGUACCCGCCAGGCCGGGCGCCCUUCGCAGCCACCGCCGCCGGCAUCAAGAGCGAGCUGGAGCCCUGGGUCGAGGGCUACGCCGGCGCCUACGGCGAACUCCGGUUGGAGACUGGCCGUGACCAUGUCCUGCCCAUUGACUAUUACUUCCCACCUCAGAAGACCUGCCUGAUCUGUGGAGAUGAAGCGUCUGGGUGCCAUUACGGAGCCCUCACUUGUGGGAGCUGCAAAGUCUUCUUCAAACGGGCGGCUGAAGGCAAACAGAAGUACCUGUGUGCCAGCCGGAACGACUGCACCAUCGACAAGUUCCGAAGGAAAAACUGCCCGUCCUGCCGCCUGCGGAAGUGCUACGAGGCCGGGAUGACACUCGGAGCCCGCAAGCUGAAGAAACUGGGUAACCUGAAGACCCAGGAUGAGGUGGAGGCAGGCAGCUCAUCCAGCCCCACGGAGGAACAAGCUCCCAAGCUGGUGAUGACACGCAUCGAUGGCUACGAGUGCCAGCCCAUCUUCCUCAACGUCCUGGAGGCCAUCGAGCCCGGCGUGGUGUGUGCUGGCCACGACAACAGCCAGCCAGACUCCUUCUCCAACCUGCUGACCAGCCUGAACGAGCUCGGGGAGCGGCAGCUGGUCUACGUGGUCAAAUGGGCCAAGGCCCUGCCAGGAUUUCGCAACCUGCAUGUGGACGACCAGAUGUCAAUAAUCCAGUACUCUUGGAUGGGCCUCAUGGUGUUUGCUAUGGGGUGGAGAUCCUUCACCAAUGUCAAUUCCAGAAUGCUUUACUUUGCUCCAGACCUGGUCUUCAAUGAGUACCGCAUGCACAAAUCCAGGAUGUACAGCCAGUGUGUCAGGAUGAGGCACCUCUCCCAGGAGUUCGGGUGGCUUCAGAUCACGCCCCAGGAGUUCCUCUGUAUGAAGGCUCUCCUUUUCUUCAGCGUUAUUCCAGUGGAUGGCCUGAAGAACCAGAAGCUCUUCGAUGAGCUCCGCAUGAAUUACAUUAAGGAACUUGACCGUAUCAUCGCCUGCAAGAGGAAGAACCCCACCUCCUGCUCCCGGCGGUUUUACCAGCUCACCAAGGUCCUGGACUCCGUGCACCCGAUUGCCAAGGACCUGCACCAGUUUACAUUUGACCUGUUAAUCAAGGCACACAUGGUGAGCGUGGACUACCCGGAAAUGAUGGCUGAGAUCAUCUCUGUGCAGGUUCCCAAGAUCCUGUCUGGAAAAGUCAAGCCUAUCUACUUCCAUGCACAGUGAUCUUCCAUAGGGACCCCCAAGCUGCCUCCCCUAUUCCAGCCUGUUAUUUCUGCACUACUGUCCUGCA